GGAGGAGCUGGAGACAGAUUGUGGGACUGAGCGCGGGUGGGCGGGAGGCGACAGAGCUACCAGCGGCUCCGCUCAGCUAUAUGAAAUAUGGGAGACGACAGACCAUUUGUGUGCAAUGCCCCAGGCUGUGGACAGAGAUUUACAAACGAGGACCACCUGGCAGUUCAUAAACACAAGCAUGAGAUGACAUUGAAAUUUGGCCCAGCCCGAACUGACUCAGUCAUCAUUGCAGAUCAGACUCCUACACCAACUAGAUUCCUGAAGAAUUGUGAAGAGGCGGGACUCUUCAAUGAACUAGCUAGCUCCUUUGAACAUGAAUUCAAGAAAGCUGCAGAUGAGGAUGAGAAAAAGGGUGCUGCCGGACCCCUUGACAUGUCUCUGCCUUCCACACCCCACAUCAAAAUCAAAGGAGAAGAGCCUGUGGAGGUAGACUCCUCCCCACCAGACAGUCCUGCCUCUAGCUCCUGCUCCCCACCCCUGAAGGAGAAGGAAGUUGCCCCAAAACCUGUUGUGAUCUCUACCCCCACGCCCACCAUCGUCCGUCCUGGUUCCCUGCCUCUCCACUUAGGCUAUGAUCCACUUCAUCCAACCCUUCCUUCCCCAACCUCAGUCAUCACACAGGCUCCACCAUCCAACAGGCAAAUGGGGUCUCCCACUGGCUCCCGUCCUCUCGUCAUGCAUCUUGCUAAUGGACAGACCAUGCCUGUGCUGCCAGGCCCUCCAGUACAGAUGCCUUCUGUUAUAUCGUUGGCCAGACCUGUGUCCAUGGUGCCCAACAUUCCUGGUAUCCCUGGCCCACCAGUUAAUAGCAGUGGUUCCAUUUCUCCCUCUGGCCAUGCUGUACCAUCAGAAGCCAAAAUGAGACUAAAAGCCACCCUAACCCACCAAGUCUCCUCAAUCAACGGUGGUUGUGGAAUGGUGGUAGGUACUGCCAGUACCAUGGUAACAGCCCGUCCAGAGCAGAGCCAGAUUCUCAUCCAGCAUCCUGAUGCCCCUUCCCCUGCCCAGCCACAGGUCUCUCCAGCCCAGCCCACCCCUAGUACUGGGGGACGACAGCGGCGCACAGUACAUGAAGAUCCAGAUGAGCGGAGGCAGCACUUUUUGGAGCGCAACCGGGCUGCAGCCUCCCGCUGCCGCCAAAAGCGGAAGCUAUGUGUGUCUUCUCUAGAGAAGAAAGCAGAGGAACUCACUUCUCAGAACAUUCAGCUGAGUAAUGAAGUCACAUUACUACGCAAUGAGGUGGCUCAGUUGAAACAGCUACUAUUAGCUCAUAAAGACUGCCCAGUAACUGCACUACAAAAGACUCAAGGCUAUUUAGAUUUAUCUGGACCAGAACCAGGUAUCAUGGAGGUGUCACUUAGCUCUACUUAA